UUGUCUCUACACCAUUUUUGGUUUUAUUUCUUUCUCUGUUUUUCACGCACGUAAUAAUACAUUCUAUAUAUAUGCCACACCCACUGCUCCUGCAAUUCCGCCACUCUACAAUAUUCCAUACUUUUUCAUCAAUGGAACCUAACCAUAUUCCCCAAAUCGCCGGAGUCUUGCCGGCCGGAGUUCUUCCUUAAAGUUUCUUUUGAGGAUAUAUGGCGGAAUAUAUCUGACAAGAACAAAUAUUUUUGAAGAGGAAGAAGAGACAGAAGAGAGCGUGUGGGCCAGCCAUAGACGAGUCAUUUUCAAAGAGUGAAGAAAGGAGAUGCUGACGUGUAUAACCUGCUCAAAGCAGCAGGUAGAGGAUGAAGGAGAGGACGUGAGGGCGCGUGGCAGUAAAGACGCCGUCAAAAACCUCACCACGCAGAUGAAGGAUAUGGCAAUCAAGGCUUCUGGUUCUUCAAAAGGGAAGCCACCCACAGGGCCAAGCGGCUUCAAGAAAGGAGGACACAGGCCCUACACAGACUAUUCGUAUACGCAACCCGGGGGUUCAAGUUCGACCCCUGCUUGGGACUUUGGUGGAGGCUAUGAAGCGCCUCGACAGUCUGGUCAUUUGGUCUUGGAUGACGAUGCUGAUGAGCCUAUAGAAUGGAUGGCUCAGGUGGAGUCUGGUGUUCAAAUUACCUUUGUAUCCUUGCCCAAUGGCGGAAAUGACCUCAAACGCAUACGCUUCAACCGCGAGAUGUUUGAUAAGUGGCAAGCACAGAGGUGGUGGGGAGAGAAUUAUGACCGAAUCAUGGAGCUUUAUAAUGUUCAAAGGUUCAAUUGUCAAGCUCUUGACACGCCCUCUCGGUCCGAGGAUGGGAGAGACUCGUCUGAUUCAAGGUUCGGAUCAGUAAGGGACAGCCCAAUGAUGAACCCGUCAAGGAACUACUAUAGACCCCCGGAUCAAGGUGGCAACUACCAUUACAAUGCGGGCCCCAUGGAUGCAUCAAGGACUACAACAUCCUCUAGAGAUGAGGCAUCUGUUUCAGUCAGUAAUGCUAGUGACAUUGAUUCAGAAUGGAUAGAGGAAGACGAGCCUGGUGUUUAUAUUACUAUCAGACAGUUGGUAGACGGGACCCGUGAGCUCCGCCGUGUCAGAUUCAGUCGAGAAAAGUUUGGGGAGGGGCAUGCAAAGCUAUGGUGGGAACAAAACCGCGAGAGAAUACAAUCGCAGUAUCUAUAACAACUACCUAGCAAACGAAGAGCUAACAGUUCAUGCCACCGGAUCGACAAGAGUCCCACCUGACAAAACCAACAGCCGAACCGUUUGGUUUGCGGUUCUAGAUUUUUUUGUUUCAAAAACUUGUUCAAGAUCUAUUUAGGAUAGAACUGAAAUCUGGUUCUUGGUUUGGUACUGUUAUUUUCUGGAGUUUUUAAAACAUGAAUGCCAUGGUUUUUUAUUAUA